CAGAAGAAGCGGAAGCAGCAGGGGGUACCUGGCAUGGGGCAGCAGGGGCCUGAGCCCCAGACCUCCGAUGACAAGGAACCCUGCACCAAACGGGUGAAACCUGUCGCCAAGACCCUGUCGGGCUCGGGGCCCCCGUCGGCCAAGGUGACGCCCCUGAAACGCCUGAGCCAGUCGAUCCAGAGGUCCAUCAGCUUCAAGGCGGAGCCCCGCCCCCCAGGCUACGUCCCGCCCCCCCGGGCCGGGGGCUGCCGGCGCCGCAGCA